ACCUAACAAAAUAAUUUACAUAACGGAAUACCGAACAGAUCCUGUCAUUAAAACUCAAUGUGAGAUCAAGGUCACGCUGGAUGACGUAUGUAAACUUGUAUACCGGUUAAUGACAGCUUUGUUUGAUCUGACAGACCUUGAAGCUCAGUUGUACCACGAACAUAGAGUGCGUAUCACGUACAAAAUGAACAUAACGGGCAAAGUUGUUAUAAUAACGGGCGCUAGUUCUGGUAUAGGAGCUGAAACGGCUAAGCUCUUCGCAUCCCAUGGUGCCCUGGUAACAGCAGUCGGUAGAAACGAAGUCCGAUUAACACAAGUCGCUGAUGCCUGCGAAGCCUUCCAUGGUAACCGACCAUUAUGUGUCCGCGUCGAUUUGACUGUCGACGGUAGCUGCGAGGAAGUAGUCAACAAAACCGUGGAAAAGUACAAAAAGAUUGAUAUAUUAGUGAAUUGUGCUGGUAAAACUAUAGUAUCUUCAUUAUUCGAGAAUUCAAUGGAGACUUUCGAUGAUUUGGUGUCAUUAAAUUUACGUGUGCCUUACAAACUGUGUCAGUUAUGUGUUCCAUAUUUGAAAUUAACAAAAGGUAACGUGGUCAAUGUAUUUGGGAACAAAUGCGUGCAUCGUCCUGGUUUUAUAUUGAGUGCUGUGUUAUGCAGUGCAUUACAGUCCUUUACUGUGUCUGGUUCUCGUGACUUAUCUUGCGAAGGUAUUAGGAUGAACGCCGUCCGUCCAGGAGUAACGAGAACUCAUUAUUUGGCUAAUUUCAACGUGGACGAAGACUUAAUGGACCUGACAUAUAAUGAGAUAGCUAAAGCCCAACCUCAGAUGAUCAAUGAACCAGAAGAUGUGGCCAAGAUGAUCCUAUUCUUGGCUGGACACGAACAUCCAAACCUCACUGGUAAUAACUUGUUCUUAGACGGUGGCGCCACCUCGUGUUCAAACUAACUUUCCUUCCACAACCGUCUUGCGAUUACAAUGAAAUCAUAGCCAAUUCAACUAUUUAAUAUAUAUAGGAAUCAAAUUGAGACAAAACAGUUGUCCGAUAGUUUAGUCAAAGAUG